AUGCCUUCAUCUAGCGGCGGGAGUACUGGCGCGUCAGAUGGCAGUGCUGCUUCUACUAGCGCGCCGCCGCCGCCGCCUGCUCGCGCGAUUCUCGCGCAGCAGCAGGAGGUAAUCGUCGGCGAUUCUCGCUCGGUUUUCGCGCAGAAAGAGACGGUCGUCGGCGCGUUGGCCGUCGGUACUAACGCCGCGGCGGUGACCGUAGGGAGCGCGGCGGUGGCGUGGUGGCAGCUGGUCGACUUGUCUCGCUCGCUCUUUGCGCCCGGUCAGAUAGGCGGCCUUGGGUGGAGGCCCGAUCCCCGUGGUCUCCCCCUGCUGUCAGACCACGGCGGGCGGCAGCCGUGUGCGAUCGUGGAGAGGUCUGAGACGAUUCUGCAGACAAAGCUCCGGUAUGGCUGGGUCACUGGACCAGAUAGUUACGGCAGCAUCCUCGUCCCGAAUUCUCCGGUCCUGCGCAAGGACGAGAGGGCGCUGCCGAUCAAUCAUGAGAUGACAGUUGUCGGCCAUGUGAGACUUGGAUCCGACGGUCGACCCGCGAUCAUCGCUUCCCCGAAACUUCCUUACUUCCUGCCAAAUCGUCGCCAGCAAUCCAGGCAGCAGGAGCAGGAGCGGCAGCAGCAGCAGCAGCAGCAGCAGCAGCAGCAGCAGCAGCAGCAGCAGCAGCAGCAGCAGCAGCAGCAGCAGCAGCAGCAGCAGCAGCAGCAGCAGCAGCAGCAGCAGCAACAGCAGCAGCAGCAGCAGCAGCAGCAGCAGCAGCAGCAGGGGGGGCAGCAGCAGCAGCAGGCAGAGAAGGAAGAGUUGGAAAGGAGGAUGAUAAUAUUUCUGGAAAGGCCGCGACAGACUGCAAUGGAAGGAGCAGUGACAGUGGCAGGAGCAGUGGCAGUGGCAGGAGCAGUGGCAGUGGCAAGAGCAGUGGCAAUGGCAGGAGCAGUGGCAGUGGCAGGAGCAGUGGCAGUGUCAAGUGCAGUGACAGUGGCUGGAGUAGUGGCAGUGGCAGGAGCAGUGGCAGUGGCAAGAGCAGUGGCAGUGGCAGGAGCAGUGGCAAUGGCAGGAGCAGGAGCAGUGGCAGUGGCAGGAGCAGUGGCAGUGGCAGGAGCAGUGGCAGUGGUAGGAGCAGUGGCAGUGGCAGGAGCAGUGGCAGUGCCAGGAGCAGUGGCAGUGGUAGGAGCAGUGGUAGUGGCAGGAGCAGUGGCAGUGGCAGGAGCAGUGGCAGUGGCAGGAGCAGUGGCAGUGGCAGGAGCAGUGGCAGUGCCGGGAGCAGUGGCAGUGGCGGGAGCAGUGGCAGUGGCAGGUGCAGUGGCAGUGGAAAGAGCAGUGGAGGCCAGUCACACCAACAGUUGUCUGGAGCACACCGCCACCUGCAUGCCCAUGCUUGGGGCUCCUGCUGGCGCUGCUGCUGCUGGCGCAGCUGCUGUUGCUUCCACGCCUGCGGCCUUGCUCAUCAGUCCCAUACCUGCUGCUGGCGCUGCUGUUCCCGUGCCUGUGCCCUUGCCCAUUUUGGGUUACUACUUGGGGUUGAUAUGCCCCCAGGAGACAUGA